ACUGUGGCUUGUAUUGGAAAAUAUAGGGGUACUGUGUCUAUCUCGUUGACAUUUAAUAGGUGUUCUGUGUCUUAUGACCUGAGGGGGCAGUAAUGCACUGACCGUGCCUAGCCUGCCGACAAACAAGAAGAAGAAGAAGAAGAAGAAGAAGAACAUAAAUUUCCCUGAACGCAGCCGCAUUCACUGUGAACUUUGUCACACUUUAGCGGCAUUUGUCGUUUGACAGCUGAAAACACAAAGAUGUCUUCGAAGAAAGCGGUCGAAUUGUUCUACGAUGUGGUUUCUCCAUACAGCUGGCUCGGUUUUGAGGUCAUGUGCAGGUACAGAAACCUGUGGAACAUCGACCUCAAACUGCGCCCCGCCUUCUUAGGUGGGGUCAUGCAGGGGUCAGGCAAUACUCCUCCCGGUAUGACUCCAAAAAAAUUCAUGUACAUGUCUGAGGAUCUCAGCCGGCUGGCAAAAUAUGUGGGUGUUCCCUUGCAGUUUCCGUCUAACCCCGUUGAGACCAUAUUCAAAAAAGGAAGUUUGACUGCGAUGAGAUUUGUAACAGCAGUGCAAGAACAGGAGAAGGAUGGACAGAAGGUGGAGAAGGUUUCCCGAGAGCUGUGGAGAAGGAUCUGGAGUGAGGACAAAGACAUCACUGAACCUGCGUCACUCUCUGAAGCAGCGACCAAAGCAGGGUUGUCUGACAGUGAGAUUAAAGACCUCUUGAUGCUGUCCACUUCCAAGGAGAUCAAAGACAAGUUGAAGAGCACAACCCAGGAAGCACUUGAUCAUGGGGGGUUUGGCUUCCCCAUGGUGGUGUGUCACAUCAACGGGAAGCCAGAGAUGUUUUUUGGUUCAGACAGAUUUGAGCUGAUUGCACAUUGCUUAGGGGAGAAGUGGUUUGGACCGCAACCUGGAAAAUCAGCUGCCAAAAUCAGAAUGUCCUCGUUGUCAAAUACAGACUUGCGCUGCAUCAGUGGAGAUACAUUAUGUGAGAUCCGUGCAUAUGAGAAGGAAGUGAUUGUUGUGCCCGUCUUGUUGUUGGCCACCUUCGUGGUCACACUGGUCUUCAUUCUGCUGCUUCACUUUUGUCCAGAGAAAGUCGAUCGCAUCCGUGCAAAAGCCUCAAAGUCUCUGUACAGACCAGAGACCAGAAGAGUGCUACAUGGGAUAGAUGCUCCUGCAGGUAUAAAUGUCUUGGAACAUGAAAGCAUCACCCUGGACAUGCCUAGUUCCUACUCAACCGUCCAGCCCCCAAAAACCUUCUCCCCCAAAAGCUUCCCUCUUUCUGACGGUACGCCCUCUCCCCCGCCUGGCCACCCAUACUCAGACUUUAAGCCCAGUUUCACACCCAUCACUCAGCCUCGAGAGUUACCCCGUCAGAGACUGCCCGAGUCCUUCAACCUGGUCUCCCCUCUGCCUGUUGCCUUCACCCUGCACUCUUCCUCUUCCAUCUCCCUCUACAGGGCCCGCAUGGAAAACAAGAAUGUGGUCCUUCGGGUUUUAAAAGACUCUGCUGAUGCUACAGAAAAACACAACUUUUUGGGCUUUGCCUCCUUCCUGUCCCAGCUCGGCCCACAUCCCUUCCUACCGGAGCUUCUUGGUGUGGUCUCCUUACGGAUUCCUCUGGUUACAGUUGUGGAGGAGCUGGAGAACAGAGACCUGCUCAGCUUCCUGUGGCGAUGCAGAGAGGAACAUACAGAUGUUUCGUGUGAGAUGACUGAAAAACUGAUAUUUACCAUGGCCCAACAAGUGGCUUCAGCACUGGGCUACCUGCACAGCAAAGAGCUGCAGCACGGAAACAUCCGUGCUCACAGCGUGUUGGUCAGUAAAGCGUGCACGGCCAAGCUUUGGGGCCUCUACGGGGUCUACACCAGGAAGAACCAGAGCGCCACUCAGAAGGACGACCCCAGCAUGAAGAAAUGGCAGGCGCCAGAGGUGUUAGCCAAGAGACCCGCCAGCCACGGCAGUGACAUCUGGUCAUUUGGCAUCUUGUUGUAUGAAAUGGCAACACUGGGUGAAGCCCCAUUUGCUGAAAUCCCCGUUAAUGAGCUCCUACAAUUUCACCAACGUGGGAAAUCACUGAAAAAGCCUCCGAACUGCUCCAGCACUCUAUUCUCCAUUAUUAAAAGCUGCAGCCAGUGGAAGGAGCAGGACAGACCCUCUCUGUCUGAGGUCAACCACAAGCUCCUCUCAGGAGAGAAGAGCGCCUCCGAAAAAGUCAUUAAAGGGCCAGGGCCCGUCAACAUUGAGCGCUAUCUGCAGGAAGCAGGAUACGGGGAAUCCAGCAACUACACUGUUUUCUGAUCACUGCUCGCAGCCCAGGCGACAACUUCCAACGUUACACUCUUAACAUGUUUUACUUGCACAAUAAGGGCUCAGAGCACAGAAGUAACUGUAUUCUUCUUCACAUAUAACCUAAAUGGGAAAUUACAUUAUAUAUAUAAUCUAAAUGUUAUUUAGAGUCAAACCCUAGUGUGAAACCGAACUGCAGACUUGUAAAGAAACUGGUACUAGCUACUUUAAGGUCUAUAAAGUUGACCCAAACACAGCUGCUGUUUUCUAAAAUUGUAGUCGACACUGUUUGAAUAUGAUGGUUUACAAAUUUUAUUUACAAACUGACAUUCAUUGUGUAAAAAGAUGUAAAAUAUGAGACCGCAUUUUUGUAAGUUUGCAACAGUAAUACAUUUUUAAAUGAUUAAGCUGAUAAGAUAUUCAUGUGAAACAAACUGUAUGCAAAAAAAAAACCUAUUUGUUGGAAUAUUAACCAAAUAAACAGGAUUUGACAUA